GCUCUUACAGCAAAGUGAAACCCACGUACUGUGAGCAGCUGAAACGCAACUUGGCCAUCAAGAUAAUCAACAAGAAGAAAGCUCCUCAGGACUUUCUGGAAAUACUUCUGCCCAGAGAAAUAGAGGCUUUGAGACGUUUGCACCAUCCAUCAAUCAUCAAAACCUAUAAUAUUUUUGAGACAUCAGCUGGGAAAGUGUACAUCGUGAUGCAGCUGGGGGAAAAUGGAGACCUCCUGAACUACAUCAGGAUCACAGGAGCUACGAAAGAGGACAUUGCUCGCAUCAAGUUUCGGCAGUUGGCUUCCGCCAUCAAGCAUUGCCAUGACUUGAACUUCACUCACAGGGACCUGAAAUGCAAGAACAUUAUUCUUGAUGAAGACCUCAAAAUCAAGCUGUCCGACUUUGGCUUUUCCAAAUCCUCUCUGGAUGAAAAUGGAAGAAUUAUUCUCAGCAAAACCUUCUGCGGGUCAGUUGGGUACACAGCCCCUGAAGUGCUAAAGGCCAUUUCUUGUGACCCCAGGAUUUCUGACAUGUGGAGCCUGGGUGUCAGACUGUAUAUAACAGUCUACGCUUUAAUGCCAUUUGAUGAUUCCAAUGUCAGGAAAAUGGUCUGCCUUCAGAAACAACACAGCAUUCCCUUCCCCAACUCAAGAUACCCCACUGUUGAGUGCAAGGACCUCGUUUACCACCUGCUCCAGCCCAAUGUGCCUCAGAGGCUGUGCAUAGAUGAAGUUUUGAAACACUUAUGGUUGCAGACUCCAAAAUCCACAAUCCCUUCCCCCCUGCCAGCUGCAGAACAGGGUGAGCAUUCCCAAAACCUGCAUGAAGGAAAGCCCGAGCACAAGCAGCAAGCCAAAUCCCAUUCUGCAGAAGGGGAGGGAGAGGAGAAAGAAACAAGAUCCUCUUAA